CCUACUAAAACAACAGCUGAGAUGCCCCUCCAAGCUUUGGGCGUUGAGAAUGCAUUUGUGUGAACCACUCUUGUGUUUUGGGCCUUUGCCAGCAUGCUGAUUCCAUUCAUACAAUGCAAGUACAGCAUCCAUUAAAGCACCAAUCAUUGGAGAGAUCUUGCAUUUGAGUGACAGGCCCAUGUGAGUCACUUGUAUAAAUUUAAAUGUGCUAUUUUGGGGCUGAGGAGGGGGCUAAGCAGGCAUAGCAUGCGCCUGGGUCUCUCUUUCCCUCUCCGAGGAGUUUGUGAGAGGAGCUACUCAAGUUUUUGUACGGUGGAUUACGAAGACUUUUCUCCUGUCACAAAGUAUAAAAUAUGGGGUGUUGUUUCAGCAAAGAGCUGAAUCCUAACUUGGUCAGCGAGAGAACGAGUCUCCUUCAAGCCACGAUUCCUAAUGGGUCCACAGUAAAAGUCUGUGUGGGGUCUGUUGCCGAUCUGAUCGAAGAGAAGUCUUCUCAAAAUGGGAACGUGAACGCUGCUAUGGAUGCCAGUUGUGACGGUUCCAGGCCAAACUUGUCAGCAAGUCUCAACGUCAUUAAAGAGGGGGGAAGCAGCGUGCAGGAAGGUACAGCAUUUUGGGACGCACCUGCCAAUGACCCACCCAUCAACGAGUCUAUGGUCCAAAAAGUGAAUGCAGAUGAAUUGGGGAAAGAUAUUGGCAAUGGCAAAAUUAGGGAAAUGGAAACCCUUGACAUUGUGAAACAAAGAAUAGCCGAAACUGCCAUAACGAGGGCGAAAUGGUUUUGUGAAGGUCAACAGUCUCAUUUUCAAGAUUUAACUGGGAGCAAGAGCGAGAGAGGAGAAAAUCAGUCAUGCAUUUUAAAGGAUCAAGACUUGGGCAUCUCUAUCAAUGUAAAAGAGGAACAAGUAAUCACGCCGGGAGAUAUGGACAGUGAACAAUCAAAUCAUGCGUCCACUUCAAAUCAAGUCACCUCUGUGCUCAGUAAAUGCUCUGGGAGACCAGCAAAGCCGUAUGACUCAGCGGAGGGAAAUUCUGAGCUGGUGUUUACCAACCGUGGCUUUAAAAAAGAACAGAGUUUCUACAGCAUUUGCUUGAUCGAUUUGGAGGAUCUCGGGAGUGAGUGUGGGCAUCAGUCUGUGACAGAGGCUGACGCAAACAGGUACGCAAGUACACCAGCUGUCUCUGAAAAGGCUUUGUUUGAUAAUUCAUUACUCCCAGAGGACCACAGAAUAUCAGAUUCAGGCCAUUUGUGUAAAAUUACAGCAACACAACAAACAGUAAAAUGCCCCAUGGAAAGAAGCGUAGCAGAGUGUUCUACAAGUCUACCAAAUAAAGAAAAUGCCCUCCCAAAUUCUCCUAAAUUAUCUCCUGACCAGGAAAAUAAAAGACCUUUAUCUGAAAAUGUUUCCAGUCCUUGUAAAGAUACAGACAACAACACGUGUGCAAUUGAAAACAUUUGCGAAGGGCAUGGCCAUGAGGAAGAAAGUCAUGUUGCCUGUGUUUCCUAUACUUUAGAGGAUGUCAUUGAUUAUGGCUCUCUGAAUGUGCUGGAACAAAAUGGACUGGUGUCUAUCAUGAAGUCAAGUCCAGAUGCCACAUGGUCACAGGGGGCUUUUGGUGACCUACUUAAAAACCGGCAAGAUCCAAACGGUAUCUCUGGUUACAGGGGAACAGAUUUGGAGCAUGCCAAUGAAAUAAAUAUGGACAACAAAGAUUUGGAUGGAUGCCAGUUGAGACCACCUCAGCAAAACUUCAGUGAUCCUUCGGAUGAUAUUGGAAAGUUUAAGGUUGAAUCUGAGAAAAAACACAGUUUAAGUAAAAGUGCUGAUUGUAGAGAAUCCAUUCAUGUACAUGAUAUUGAUGAUUCAAUUUCUUCACUUAGUGACCGAACAGAUGGUAUAUUGGGCUUAAAUGCAACCAUUGUGGAAUCUGAUCACUGUACUUCCAAGAAUUCCCAGACUGAGGAAGCUACCAAGAACCCACCUCUUGAUAUGUUACACUCUGCUUCUGCAUCAGAAUUCUUAGAUAAGACAUCUCAAGCCGGUGAACAUUAUAAGCAAUGUUGUAAACCUCCCCUGGUUACAGAUACAUCAGACAGCUUGGAUGAGGCCAUGUCAAAUCCUGGCCAGUGUGGUAUAUUACCAAUUGAAGGGAAUACAGCCAAGUCUGAUAUCUUCAAGGUCGGUGAAGCGCGGGAAUAUUCCAGGAAUCUGUCUCAUGCAGAUAUAGAAGAAAUUCAAACAGGUGCACACUUUGCAGGAAAUGUUGAAGAAGAAAAGAUAGGAUUGACUUCAAACAAAGACGUCUACACUUGCAAUAAUUUUCCCAGUGACCAGACAAAGAUUGUGUCAGAAUCUUGUGACUUUCCAAACAAGGAACCAAAUGUAAAUUUCGCAAGUGGUAAACCAUGUGCAAGCGGCAUGCCUACAGAUGCUUCUGUGGACACCUCGGACGUCGAACUGGAAAACGGUGCAGAAGGUGAUCAAAAUAUAACCGUUUCUUCUAUUGUUGAUGUUUUUUCCAUCAACAGUUUGCCUACGACUGAUUCCGACUGUCAUGUGAAGAAAGAACUUUCUCAAAGAAAUGCCACCCAGGUUGAAGAACCAUGCAGUAGCAUCUAUAAUAAUGUAAAUUUUGCAAGUGGUGAACCAUGUGCAAGUGGCAUGCCUACGGAUGCUUGUGUGGACACCUCAAACGUCCAACUGGAGGUCACUGGUAAAUGCGAUAUAAACGGUGUGGAAGGUGAUCAGAAUAUAAACGUUUCUUCUAUUGUUGAUGUUUUCCACAUCAACAGUUUGCCUAAGGUUGAUUCUGACUGUCGUGUGGAGAAAGAUCUUUCUCAAAACAAUGCCUCCCAGGUUGAAGAACCAUGCAAUAGCAUCUAUAAUAAUGUAAAUUUUGCAAGUGGUGAACCAUGUGCAAGUGGCAUGCCUACGGAUGCUUGUGUGGACACCUCAAACGUCCAACUGGAGGUCACUGGUAAAUGCGAUAUAAACGGUGUGGAAGGUGAUCAGAAUAUAAACGUUUCUUCUAUUGUUGAUGUUUUCCACAUCAACAGUUUGCCUAAGGUUGAUUCUGACUGUCGUGUGGAGAAAGAUCUUUCUCAAAACAAUGCCUCCCAGGUUGAAGAACCAUGCAAUAGCAUCUAUAAUAAUGUAAAUUUCACAAGUGGGGAACCAUGUGCAAGUGGCAUGCCUACGGAUGCUUCUGUGGAUACCUCAAACGUCCAACUGGAGGUCACUGGUAAAUGUGAUGAAAACAGUGCAGACGGUGAUCAAAAUAUAACCGUUUCUUCUAUUGUUGAUGUUUUUUCCAUCAACAGUUUGCCUACGACUGAUUCCGACUGUCAUGUGAAGAAAGAACUUUCUCAAAGCAAUGCCACCCAGGUUGAAGAACCAUGCAGUAGCAUCUAUAAUAAUGUAAAUUUCGCAAGUGGUGAACCAUGUGCAAGCGGCAUCCCUACGGAUUCUUCUGUUGAUACCUCAAACGUCGAACUGGAGGUCACUGGUAAAUGCGAUAUAAACGGUGCAGAAGGUGAUCAAAAUAUAACCGUUUCUUCUAUUGUUGAUGUUUUUUUCAUCAACAGUUUGUCUACGUCUGAUUCUGACUGUCGUGUGAAGGAAGAUCUUUCUCAAAGCAAUGCCACCCAGGUUGAAGAACCAUGCAAUAGCAUCUAUAAUAAUGUAAAUUUCGCAAGUGGUGAACCAUGUGCAAGUGGCAUGCCUACGGAUGCUUGUGUGGACACCUCAAACGUCCAACUGGAGGUCACUGGUAAAUGCGAUAUAAACGGUGCGGAAGGUGAUCAGAAUAUAAACGUUUCUUCUAUUGUUAAUGUUUUUCACAUCAACAGUUUGCCUAAGGUUGAUUCUGACUGUCGUGUGGAGAAAGCUCAUUCUCAAAGCAAUGCCACCCAGUUUGAAGAACCAUGCAAUAGCAUCCAUAAUAAUGUAAAUUUCGCAAGUGGUGAACCAUGUGCAAGCGGCAUGCCUACGGAUUCUUCUGUGGAUACCUCCAACGUCGAACUGGAGGUCACUGGUAUAUGUGAUGAAAACGGUGCAGACGGUGAUCAAAAUAUGACCGUUUCUUCUAUUGCGGAUGUUUUUUCCAUCAACAGUUUGUUUAAGACUGAUUCUGACUGUCGUGUGGAGAAAGAUCAUUCUCAAAGCAAUGGCACCCAGGUUGAAGAACCAUGCAAUAGCAUCUAUAAUAAUGUAAAUUUCGCAAGUGGGGAACCAUGUGCAAGCAGCAUGCCUACAGAUUUUUCUGUGGAUACCUCAAACAUCGAACUGGAGGUCACUUGUAUAUGUGAUGAAAACAGUGCAGACGGUGAUCAAAAUAUAACCGUUUCUUCUAUUGUUGAUGUUUUUUCCAUCAACAGUUUGUCUACGACUGAUUCUGACUGUCGUGUGAAGAAAGAUCUUUCUCAAAGCAAUGCCACCCAGGUUGAAGAACCAUGCAUCUAUAAUAAUGUAAAUCCAGAAAGUGUGGCAUUGAGUUAUUUAAUACAGGUGGGAACUGAAUUGCCUACAGCAGCACAGGACCAAGUCAUGGACAAUGAAAUAGGAGAGACCUGUUUACAACAUAAAUCACACAUUGCUGGCGAUUGCCUCAGUGAGGAUGAACAGAAGGGACUGAAUGAGGUUUGUUUAUGUGCAGAUGAUGGCAAAACUAAAGGAGAAAUAUCAGAAACACAGAGACCGAAUUCUGAGAUGCCUAGUUGCCUAAAUGAUGUUAUAUCCUACAAUGACUGUUUAAAGUCUCUGUGUUUUGCUCAGAGUGCUAUACAAACAACGCUUGCUGUACAAGCAUUUGAUUUCAUGAAAAAUGAUUGCCAGGACCCUGCUUCAGGGCAGCCUGCCAAUGACAUGCAAAGAUCUUCAAUUACACACAGUCAGGAGCAUGGAGACCUUCGAGACACGUGCCUGAUCGGCUCUGAAAUGGGAGGAGCUGUUAUUGACUCCAGCGUUCCUCUCCUGAGUACUGCAAACCUGUCACUUGAAACUAGAGAGGAGCAGUCAUGUGCCAUACAAGGCCUUGAAAGCAAUUAUGAAUCCGUCGAGAGCUCUCCACCUACUGUUCCUCGUGGUGCCCAACUUGGAACAUGUGACUCUUCUGCUUGCAAUCUUCGAGCUCUUGACUUUGUGCAGUCUGAUUUGAAAACUAUUGUUGAUAUGGAUGAUGUGGUUAAUUUUGUAAAUAACGCAAUCCCGUUACCGGUUGAACCCGACCAAGUUGACAUUCAUGCCACAACACCAUCUUACGAGAUACAUUUGCUUAAUAAUGGCCAAUUCACAGUCCCUGUGCAGUUAGAAAAGCCUCAGGACUUGAUCAGCACGGACGAAUUGGAGGGUGAGCAAGGCAUGCUGAACAUGGUGACUAACCUUCUUGGGAAAUCAGAGUUGAGCGAUGAUAUGGACUGUACUCGCUGCCUUCCGGCAUGGGCUGAAGAUCCACAUGCCCUGUUUUCUGAUAACCCCAUAGAGUCAUGUGCUUUGGUGUCAGCAUGGGACCAGGCUGUUUGUGGGACGAAUAUUCAACAGGAUUGUGAAUCUGACUCGGCCGAAUCAGAAGAUUUCCAGACUUCGAUGCCGUUUAUAGCACCCUACCCUUAUAACCUAUUAGUAAAUGAUGGAUCUUGUGUUUGGGACUGGCAUAAUACUUACAGUGAACUUGAAUCUUCCAAGAUCUCCGACCUCAAUCCCAAUGCGAAGGCAUGGGCCAAUUACAUGCCUAAACCACAGGCCUCUGCUCCAACCUGCACGAAUUCUCAGCAGUCAUGGGUAGAAGCGGCCGAUGACCCAUCAGACAGCAUCUCAGGAGGUUAUAAUAACAGUGAAGACAAAGGGAACUGGAAUGAGGAACAGCAGGUAUCUACCUCUGUAGAGCUGCCAUUUGCAGCGCAGCCAGAAUCGGUGUACAUGGGAAGCUCAGCCAGUGAGAAGGGCAUUGUGUCAAACCAGAACACAAGUAUGAAAGGAGUAGAUGACUCUGACUCCUCCAGGCAGCUCGAGGACCUUCGAGAACAACUGAAGGCAACAUUGGAGUUUUGCCUGUCUAGGGAGAAUCUAGCAAAUGAUAUGUACCUCAUCUCACAAAUGGACAGCGACCAGUAUGUGCCAAUAGUGACCUUAGCAAACCUCGAUCAAAUCAAGAAACUCACCACUGAUGUGGAUCUCAUUGCAGACAUCUUAAAAGCGUUGCCCCUCGUCCAAGUGGACAAAUGUGGAGAGAAAGUACGGCCCAAUCAGAACCGUUGUAUUGUAAUUCUCAGAGAAGUUCCUGAGGCCACUCCUGUGGAGGAAGUUGAAGCACUCUUUAAGAGUGAUAACUUACCCAAAUUCAUCAAUUGUGAGUUUGCCUACAACGACAACUGGUUUAUCACCUUUGAAUCGGAGGCAGAUGCUCAGCUGGCAUAUCAGUAUCUGAGAGAAGAUGUGAAAACUUUUCAAGGAAAGCCGAUUAAGGCUAGAAUAAAGGCUAAGGCCAUUGCCGUCAAUACCUUUAUCCCAAAGAACGGGUAUCGGCCGGUGGACGUGUCCUCUAAUGUCCAACAACGCUACACCCCCUACUACGUCCCACCAGUGUAUGGAGCACAACAACAAUUUCCUCUUUACCGGCUGGUGACGCCGCAGGGCUGGUCCGCUACCCAAAACUAUUUAGACCAUACACUGGUUACUCCAUUUCCCAGCCCUGCGUUUAUUAAUGGCUUUGCUGGAACACCGACUUUUAAAUCGGCCACUUCUCCACUAACUGUCAGACCGUAUGUACCUCGAAACAGGAACCACAACAAAACACAAAUUCGACUGACAUCAGAACGUGGAACCACACUGCUGGAGAACCCUGCUGCUUUCACUACCUUUCAUACGGAGAGAGUUCCCAACGGGACACGCCCUCCACAGGCUCAUCACUUGGGUAGCCGGCCUCGAUUACCAAGCGGUCCUGGCUAUCCUCGACGGGACCAAGUGGGAAGUGGCCGGAUGGAGGUGAACGGGGCAGAUUAUUCUCUAAAUGCUGGACGUGGAAGAAGAGGCGGCUAUGGGUACAGAAAAAGACGAGAUGACAGCAAGUUCCCAAGAGCAGCCACGCAGUCGCCCCCUUCCGUUCAGGAGCGCGCUCCCUCCCCCAGUUUUGAGCUGGGACUGUCCAGCUUUCCUCCUCUGCCCGGAGCCGCAGGAAAUCUAAAGCCUGAAGUAAAAACUGAAAACAGCCUUGAGAACCGACUGUCUGACAUCGUCACGGGAGCAGUGAAGGAUAAGUCUCUAAAUAAGGAUGUGAUCACCAGCCGUGUGAUCUCCGGGACCUCCAAAGAAUCCGUGCAGGCUGUUCCUGCUCCUCCCGCUGCUAAGAUCUCGGUGGACCAGAAACACUCACCCUCUCCAGCUCCUACAAUCCUGACACCUGUAGAACAACCUAAAGAGACGCAGACGCCUGCAGAGAAAUGCUCAGUUACACUCGCUGCUAAAACCGCACCACCGAGCAAUCCAGUGACGGAACCCCGAAAGCCAAGCUAUGCAGAGAUCUGUCAGAGGAUAAGAGAGGCACCCACGCAGCAGCCAACAGAUCCCCGACCUCACGGCUCCACCGCCGAUGACAUCAAAACCCCAGAUUCAGCAGAACACAAAUCCCGAGAAUCUGUGACCGCCAGAGAGACACUGAAGGCCGUUGGAGAUCGAGGGACCGGGGGCACAACUUCCUUCCACCAAUCCUGAGUGUUCGGCUCUGCUUCUGCGACUGAACGGGAACAAACUGUUUGUCAGGGCUGCUCAUGUCCCUGCCAACUCACCAUCUCUUUAGGAGUACACGCAUCGACAGCUUGUCACUGGAAUCAGGGCCUAUAGACAAAAGCACUUGUGCGGAAGGGUUCUCUGAAAAAUUUUUGUUCGUCCAUAAUCGUUUUGUUUCUCAUUUAUGUUUGUUUGUUUUCAAAGGAAAAUGGAUUAGUGAACCAGCACCAGUUGGAGAGUAACUAUUUAAAUACGUUAUGACGGAGCUCAUGCUUUUUUUGUCGUUUAAAUAGAGACGUUGGGAGGAAAUACUGAUUAUUGAAUAUAGUGCUGAUCCUGAAACACUUUUUUUUGUUUUCUUUUUUUUUUAACUGAUAUGUAUAUAAUUUUGUUAACAUGUUAAGUGUCUCGGUACCACCGUCACCGUGUGCGUUCUCUACGUGGCGGUCCCAGCCAUUACAAAUGCAUGAGUGAGACUUUCGUGUAUAAAUCCGUUUUGUGUUUUUAUGUUUGGAUGUUCCAGCACUGGAGUGAUGUUUUUGAGCUCUGAAUUGUUUUUUUUUUUACAUGCUAAUCCUUUAUCAGUUGUACUGAUGUGAUAUUGUAAGCAGGUGUUUGUAUACCUGUUUUUGUGUGCAUGCUUUUUUAUGUUGUUCAUUUUUUUCUCUCUCUUUUCUUUUAAUCCUUUUAAUGGCACACAUUAUAAUUUCUCUACUCGCCAUUGUUUGAAGAAAAUCCAAUCCGAUGCCUCGGCAUUCAAUUCCGGAAGAUCUUUACACAGCUAAAUCCUCAGGUUUUGAGGGUGAAAUGUCUUCAUGUGCCUAUUCUGCUGUGAUCUGAACUGAAUAUAGAUGGCUAUCUUUGCUUCUUAGCUUUGUUUGUUUGUUUCGUUUGUUAUCCUGGUGUGGUGCUACGGUUCGUCACUUGGUUAAUUCGGUGCUUUGUCUAAGAAGAAGGAGGGAAAGACACCAACAUGCACCAAUGUCUAUCCUGUGAUCUUCACCCAUUCGCUUUCAUAUCACCACAUAAAUAUAUAAAACUUGGAAUCGUGUACAUUUAUAUAGUGACGUAUACAUAAGAGCAAAAGAUCUGAGCCUUCAGCACACAUAGACCAGAGCUGUUUCGUGGGUUUUUUCCAUUAUGCAUACUUUGUUUCAGUGUACAUCUCACACUUGACGUGCCCUCGUUCAUGCAUAUUCUGUUCGUUGGUUAUUAGUUCAGUUAAUUGGUUUGCAUUAACGUUUGUAAUCGUUUUGGUCCGAGCAAGACGGACAGUUAUUUUGAUGUCUUCCUGCAGCGUGGAGCACGUGCAGAACGCUUUGAGAUGUUCGUCAUGGUCUAUUGUUUAUAUUCUCUUGUAUCUACCCGGUGACUCAUUUUUGUUUUCCUCUCUUAAACAAAAAAAUCUUUUCUUUUUUGUUUUGACUCUCCGAAUGCAAUUAAUCACUUUUCCAUCAAUAAAUGAAGCAUACUGUGGUUCAAAUAAUAAAGGUUUCAUUACACAAACCUUUAAGAUGUUGAAAAAAAUGUAAACAACAAGAAACAUCACAUAUAAGUUGACAGUGUUUAAAAAAAACUUGAAUUUUAUUUAAACUUGAAAAAAAAAGUCUCUGCCUUAACUUUUUAGAUGACAGUUUGGAGUUUUUCUUUCAAUUCCAAAAGUGUACAUAACGGGACGAUGUAGUGGAGGCAUCACAGCGCCUUGAUCACUGCGUUUGUGUAGCACAAUACUUUUGGGGUUGAGAUGGGAUUAUCGUUUUGUUCACCUCUGUGUAAAUGCUUGUAGUCUAAACUGUAGUACAUGUAUACACUAGUAUGUGUGUGCUUUUUCUGUACAGAUGUAAAUAAUUGGAAAAUGUUAAAAAGGUACCCUAAAAUUGGUUAUGAGAAAAUGUAUGGAAAAAAAUAAUAAAUGUUCAGGAAAAAUCGGA